AUGGAAAAGGCGCUGACAGACGCUGCUGACUUGGAUGAGAACGAAGAGGCGUCUUCAACAACCGUGAUGCCUCUUGCUGCUGACGUCCACAGUGUCUCUGGGCCUGUGGCCCCUCCUCCUACGCCAGUGACUACAAUACAACAGCCACCAUCAACUGUUUUACCAUUACACCAAGGAUCAAAAUCAGACACAAUUAACUUUAGCAACUUCAACCACCCAGCGUUGGAUGGCAGCCUAUCGCCACAAAACCCCGCAAUGGGUGUGUCAGGAGACAAUCACAUCAAUUUCCCCGAGGCAGUCUCUUCUACCACUGCGUCGUCAGAUACAGGAGACCAACAAGCACAACUGAGAGCCAUGUAUCUAGCUGGCUUUCGUGCAGCUCAGGUGCAUAACGAUCGUUUAUCCUUAAAGGACAACUUUGAAAUAGCCAAGCAUGACUCACAACCAGGGACUCUAACCAUGGAAGGAACAAACCCUCUAGCAGCGCCUGCGAUUAAUGCCGGCACGUUUCUCAUGCCAGUAGCGACUGGAGAAGCAGCAGGAUUGGUUGCAGCGAGCCCCACGUCAUCGAAUUUUCCACCGGGCAAUGGGAGCACCAUGCUGACCCGCAGGCAUAGCGAUCUUCCAGACUCAGGGGUUGCGACUCGACGCAUCACAAGAACGGCCUCGUCAACGAGCUCCAUGGCAGCUUCCCCCGCCCUAUCGGCAACUGCCUCGCCCAGUGGAGGGGGAAGUUCGGGCUCGAAUCCGUUCCCGCGUAAGCUAAUGGACAUGCUGCGCAAAGAAGAUUCAUCCGUUGUUGCAUGGCUCCCUAGUGGUGAUUCCUUCUCGGUACGAGACUCGGACCGUUUUGUGGCGGAUAUUCUACCCAGAUACUUUCGGCAUACCAAACUUACUUCGUUUCAGCGUCAACUAAAUUUAUACGGGUUUCGACGAAUGACAAAGGGUCCCGACGCCGGUGCAUAUCGUCACGACAUGUUCAGGCGAGACGAUCCCGAUCUGUGCCUACAGAUGAAGCGAACCAAGCAAAAGGGAUCAGCGUCUCCUCAAUUGAGACCGAACGGACGAGGUGGUUCUAGCUCGGUUACGUCGUCACCUCUUAUGACUCCCGAUCAAAGCCCUAGUCUAUAUGCUUUGGAUCCCGAUGCUCUCAGCCGGAGUGCGCCCUCUAUACUAUCUGCAUCCGUGAUGGGACACCUCAACCCUCCCAGUGAGCACAGACGAGCUGAUUUUCGGAGUAAUCCACCUGGCCAUCCAGGGAUUAACAUGGCGCAGACAGGACUAUCGAUCCUUAUGGGAGAUAAUAGUGUCCAACAUCAGUCUUCGUCUUCAGUUCCACAAGGAAAGUCACUGGGGAAAUUGACUGCCGAGCAGCUAACUCAGUAUCAAGCCGAUCUGAUAGACAGGGAACGGCAAGCCAGCGCCUUAGCAGCCGCAGGGAUGGUGGCGGAAAGUGUCAAUAAGACUCAGGCCACCCACGGUCACAGCAUCGCGCAGGGCCUCGCAGCCCCGCCACAACUGUCUCAUGCCACUGCGACUCCGACCCAGACCGCAAAUAUAUCAGAGCUCGACAGCAUAAACUGGAAUUUGAUGGACAUAGGGGCGAUGCAUCUUGACGAUAUGGACAUGGAUUUUGCUUCCCUUUUUGACCCCGCUAACGAAGCGGCAAGUAUGGAAACGGAAGGCAGCGGAUGGCCAAAUGUAGGAAAGUCUGCCGCUUCUACCUCCAGCGAUCCAAAGUAACUCAGGACACUUCUACAGCGUCCGCUUAGACGGUCAACAAUUUUGAAAGGUAUCUAUACGACUUUAUAUUACUGAUAGCUCAUAACUCUUCAGGGGCACUAGUCAAAGU